AUGAAAUCCUUUACUGUUGUUGCAGCACUUGCUGCUGGGGCCAAUGCUCUUGCUAUUCGUGAUGACACUUGUUGCUUUACCUUGACUGCAUCUGGCGGCACAUCCGGCACGGUUGGUCAGUUAGACGAUGGUCAGAACCGUAUCGGUGGUGGCUUGUCGCCAACCACAUUCUGUAUCACUCCCGGAGGCACCAUCACUGACAGCAGCGGGCGUGGGUGUAUUCUGACACCUCCUACAACCCAGUUGCAAUGUGACACGGGAGCUACUCCUGACUCAGGAUUCUCUAUCAACAGCUCUGGUGAGCUUACCUCUAAUGGUUCACCCGAUUUUGUUGCCUGUCAGACCGGUGAUCAUGGCGCAUUCAACAUCUACACCAACCCUCCACCAAGCGACGUGACAGGCUGUGUCCAUGUCAGUCUCACAGCCGAUCAAUGUGUGCCUUCCUCGUCGUCAACAAAGCCGACUACACCAGCGGCUUCUGCGUCACCGAUCUCCUCUGCAACUCCCCCUGUCGGUUCACCCGGCAGCGUUACUGGCAGUCCUCCUGCCAGUCCUCCUGGAAGUCCCUCUGGAAGCCCCUCUGGAGGCCCCACUGGAGGGCCUCCCGUCGUCGUGGUCACUGCAACAGAAACAGUGUGUGCUCCUGCCCCAACCAGCCCGGGAAAGCCGACUUCUCCUCCAAGCCAAACAAGCGGACCGUCACCACCAAGCGGUGGCACGCCAUGCAGCACCGAUCUCGUACAGGGUGGUUUCGAGUUUCCUCAUCUCAUUAUUCCCAUCGACUCGUCCUCCCCUGGCACGGCAGCUGGUACUCAAUAUAAUGCCAAAAUAACUUCUACCAUUUCCACCAUUUUCAACUUUGAUAUCCCAGCUUCCGAUGCCGGCAAGACCUGUUCUUUGGUCUUCCAUUUUCCUGAACAAAAGGAUCUACAAACUUCUUCGUUUACCUUUAGUGGUGAUGGUAAGGUGGACUUUGCGGAGCUUAGCUCCCUUGCAACAGAAUCUACAACAUUCAACAAUGCCCCUUCUGUCAAGACGGACUUCGGUGUGACAACCAUCGCCCCGGGACAUUCUUAUGUGAUUUCUACUUUCGCGUGCCCCUCAGGUCAGGCCAUAGCGUUUGAACUGAAAGAAGCCGGAACCACUGAUUUUAGUUUCUUCGAAGAUUUCAACCCCUCUCCGAUCGGCCUCUUCAUUACUACUUGCUGA